AUGGCAGAUUUCAGACAUUUCGCGCACCCAAACCCAGAAUGGGUAGAGUUUCCGCGAAACCUCCCCCCGGGUACAAAGACUUGUGGCUUGUCCCGGGAACGCGACGAAAUAAGACCGCAGCAUGGCCUGACGAUUGAGGAGUUUGAAAUCAAUGCUCGUGACGGUUAUCCCAUCAGAUUACGUACCUACCGAAAGCAAGCAUGUCAUGAUGCUCUUCCGUUGCUCCUUUACAUGCACGGUGGUGGCUAUGUCACCGGAUCUCUCGAGACGGAUGACGUGCCGUUGCGCGCUGUAGCGUUGCAUGUUGAUGUUAUGAUUGUCAGCGUCGAAUACCGCCUUGCUCCAGAACACAAGUUUCCUGUCGGAUUCGAAGAUUGCUUUGAUAUAGUACGGUGGGCUGCCUCACUGGACGGCCAGCAGAGACUGAAUGUCGACCUUUCAAAAGGCUUCAUCUUGGGCGGUACAUCGGCUGGAGCCAACUUCACAGCCGGUAUAUCUCACCUAGCGCUACGCGAAGGCCUUUCACCUCGUCUGACCGGUCUUAUUUUCCUCGCUGGAAGCUUUUGCCACCCGGAUGUUCGACCCGAGAAAUAUCGCGACCAGAUUCUCAGUAUCGAUGAAAUCAACGACGCCCCAGGUCUAACGAGAGAUUCGAUUAACUUGUUUGCGAGCAAGUAUGCCGCGCCUCCAGAAGAUCUCAGACUAUCUCCCCUACUCUUUGAUUCACACAAGGAUAUUGCGAAAAAGGCAUAUUUUGCUGUGUGUGGAUGGGAUCCCAGACGGGACGAAGGAUUGCUUCUGGAACGAUUGCUACGAGAAGAGGGACUCUCCACCAAGAUUCAUGUUUAUACAGGAUUGCCACAUGGUUUUUGGGGAGUUUGUCCAGAUCUGCCUGUUUCGAAGACAUGGCUGCAGCAUCUUCUAGAAGGUAUCUCUUGGCUUCUUGAAUAA